AUGUCAACUCACGAGACGAUCGUAACGGAAUCGAGUCCUUUAUUAGAACAACAACAACCUCGUCGACGUCAACAACAACAAUCAUGGUCAGAAGAGUUCCGCUGGUUGCUUUACAACAGUAUUCCUUUGGUGGGUACUUACCUGUUACAAAAUGCCAUGCAAAUAGCAAGCGUUUUCAGUUUGGGUCACCUGGGUCCUGUUGAACUUGCCGCAGCAGCUCUUGGUACAAUGUUUGCCAAUGUAUCCGCUUGGAGCGUCGUCCUUGGCACUGCCACCGCUCUCGAUACCUUUUGUGCACAAGCGUAUACCGGUGCUCGUGAUAAGACAUUGGUGGGAGUCUAUCUACAACGUUCAUUAUUGAUCAUGGCCAUCCUAUUCAUCCCCAUUGCCGUCGUAUGGUGGUAUGCCACAAGUAUCCUACUCGCAUUGAACCAAGAUCCUGAACUCGCAUUCAAAGCAGGUCUAUUCUUGCGUUGGUUCUUGAUCGGUGCACCCGCAUUUAUGGCAUUCGAAUGCACUAAAAAGUAUAUGCAAGCUCAAGGUCUCAUGAAACCACCCACCUAUGCCAUGAUUGUCGCCUUUCCUACAAGCUUCUUGCUCAAUUGGAUCCUCGUUCACUGGGAGCCUGUGGCAUUGGGAUUUAUUGGAGCACCUCUUGGUACAGCCAUUAGUUACUGGGUGAUGUUAUUGGUGCUUCUUGGUUAUAUCUGGAAAGUACGUGGCUCGGAAGCAUGGGGAGGAUGGUCUCGUGAAGCAUUAAGAGAAUGGUGGCCAUUCCUCAAGUUGGCUAUUCCUGGUAUCUUGAUGGUGUGCAGUGAAUGGUGGGCAUUCGAAAUUGCAGCUCUUGCAGCAUCUUAUCUCGGCACAACUGAUCUUGCAGCCCAAUCCAUUGUCCUUUCUACCAUUUCAGCUACAUUCACUAUCCCCUAUGGUAUUUCGGUUGCAGCAUCGAAUCGUGUGGGCAACUCACUUGGUGAAGGCCUCUCGUUGAAAUCGAAGCGUGCUGCCUAUACGGCUCUCAUCUUUUCUGUUGGCUUUGGAGCAGGCAACUCCACCUUGUUACUCGUCACACGUUCGUUCUUUGGCUAUUUGUUCACCUCUGAUCCCGAUGUCGUAAUCCGUGUGUCACAAAUUUUGCCAUUGUGUGCACUCUUCCAAAUCGCUGAUGCUUUAUAUGGUGUGAGCAGUGGUGUAUUCCGAGGAAUGGGUCGACAGCAUGUUGCUGCAUGGAUCAAUCUACUUGCGUAUUAUGUGGUGGGCUUGCCUAUCGGCUAUGUGAUCACUUUUCAACAUGGAUGGGGUCUUGCUGGUAUUUGGUCUAGCUUGUGCUUUGCCAUUUGGCUCAGUGCUUUUGGUGAAGUCGCCUUCUUGUCCACCAUCAACUGGAAGAAAGAAGUCGAAAUUGCUCGUGCUCGCGUCAAGUUCAAUGAAGACGAUUCAUCAUCCUGGAUGUAA